GAGACAGAGAUCUUGACGUUUGCAACCAACUGAACAGACAUACAAACAACUCUACACUCUGGCAGUGAGAGAAGGAGAUUCAGUUCCUGCCAGAAGGGAUAUACUGACAUCACCAAGCAUGAGCCUGCACACCAUGCCAGAAGAAAUCCAACAUCCAUAUACUAAAUUUUCUGAAUGGAAGUUCAAGCUGUUUAAAGUGAGAUCCUUUGAAAAAACACCUUCUGGAGACAGCCAAGUGGCAAAUAAAGAGAAAGCAGAGGAGGUGGUCUCUUUGGACAAAGGCACUGUGGUGCAGAAGGAUGCAGCUGUCCCACAGGCAGAAAAGCCACUUCUGGCAGAUGCAGAAUUAAAGCACAGUAAGCAGGCUCUUGAAAAAGAUGCUGACAACCUGAAAAUGAAAGAGAAUGCAGCUCACCAAGCAAACCUGCAGCAACUUUGCCGCGUCUGCGGAGUUUCAUUUAAAACUGAUCGUUACAAGAGAAGUCAUCCAGUGCAUGGACCAGUAGACAGUGAAACUCAGGGAGUUCUGCGAAAGAAAGAGAAAAAGGCAACAUCUUGGCCAGAUCUUAUUGCCAAGGUUUUUAAGAUUGAUGUGCGAGCAGAUAUCGACACAAUCCAUCCCACUCGGUUUUGUCACAACUGUUGGAGUAUCAUCCACAGAAAGUUCAGCAAUGCCCCGUGUGAAGUGUAUUUCCCAAGGAACAGCACCAUGGAGUGGAAGUCCCACUCCCCAAACUGCACUGUUUGUUGCACUGCUCCUCGUGGGGUGAAGAGGAAGAACCAGCCAUCCAACUUACAGCUGGGCAAAAAGCUCAAGAUCAUGGCAGAACGUGCCCGAAAAACCAAGGGUGUAAAAAAACAAUCACAGAUUAACAGCAAAAACCUUAUGAAAAAGAUUGCCAACUGCAAGAAGAUACAUCUUAGCACCAAACUUCUUGCAGUUGAUUACCCUGCAGAUUUUGUUAAGUCCAUCUCUUGCCAGGUCUGUGAGCAUAUUCUGGCAGACCCAGUGGAAACAACAUGUAGCCACUUAUUCUGCAGAACCUGCAUCCUUAAGUGCCUCAAAGUUAUGGGAAGCUAUUGCCCCUCUUGCCGAUACCCUUGCUUCCCUACCGACCUGAUGAGUCCAGUGAAAUCCUUCCUGAACAUCCUCAAUUCCCUGGCUGUGCGAUGCCCAGUGAAAGAAUGUGAUGAGGAGGUUUUGCUGGGUAAAUAUUGCCAUCAUCUGUCCAGUCACAAAGAAUUGAAAAGGAAAGAGAUUUACACGCACGUAAAUAAAGGGGGCCGACCGAGACAACACUUGCUGUCAUUGACCAGGAGAGCGCAAAAGCAUCGUCUGAGAGAACUCAAGCUUCAAGUCAAAGCUUUUGCUGAGAAAGAAGAAGGAGGGGAUAUAAAGGCUGUGUGCCUAACUUUGUUCCUUCUGGCUCUGAGAGCAAGAAAUGAACACAGACAAGCAGAUGAGUUGGAAGCUAUGAUGCAAGGGAAGGGGUCAGGGCUUCACCCAGCGGUCUGCUUGGCAAUCCGAGUCAACACCUUUCUCAGCUGUAGCCAGUACCAUAAAAUGUACCGAACUGUAAAAGCUAUAACUGGGAGGCAGAUCUUCCAGCCACUGCACGCUCUCCGCACUGCGGAGAAGGCCCUCUUGCCAGGCUAUCAUCCAUUUGAGUGGAAACCCCCUUUGAAAAAUGUGUCCACUAAUACAGAAGUGGGAAUUAUAGAUGGGCUGUCCGGGCUGCCACUCUCAGUUGAUGACUACCCAGUAGAUACAAUUGCCAAGAGGUUUCGAUAUGAUGCAGCCUUGGUUUCUGCCUUAAUGGACAUGGAGGAAGACAUCUUGGAAGGCAUGAAAGCAAAAGAUCUGGAUGACUACUUGAAUGGCCCCUUCACUGUAGUGGUGAAGGAGUCUUGUGAUGGGAUGGGAGAUGUCAGCGAGAAGCAUGGAAGUGGACCAGCUGUUCCGGAGAAGGCAGUUCGAUUUUCUUUCACACUCAUGAGUAUCAGCAUAGCUCAUGGGAAUGAAAACGUAAGGGUCUUUGAAGAAGUCAAGCCCAAUUCAGAGCUGUGUUGCAAGCCCUUGUGCCUUAUGCUGGCUGAUGAAUCUGACCAUGAGACUCUAACUGCCAUUCUGAGCCCUCUGAUAGCAGAAAGGGAGACCAUGAAAACCAGUGUCCUGCUUCUUGAAAUGGGAGGCAUCCUCAGAACAUUCAAAUUCAUCUUUAGGGGUACAGGGUAUGAUGAGAAACUUGUCCGUGAAGUGGAAGGCCUUGAAGCCUCAGGCUCUACUUACAUCUGCACCCUUUGUGAUGCAACCCGCCUGGAAGCCUCUCAGAACCUGGUCCUCCACUCCAUAACAAGAAGUCAUGCUGAAAAUCUGGAGCGGUAUGAGGUAUGGAGGUCCAACCCAUAUCAUGAAUCAGUUGAUGAGUUACGUGACAGAGUGAAGGGUGUUUCUGCCAAACCUUUUAUUGAGACUGUUCCUUCCAUAGAUGCAUUGCACUGUGAUAUUGGCAAUGCAGCUGAGUUCUACAAGAUAUUCCAGUUUGAGAUAGGUGAGGUGUACAAGAACCCCAACGCAUCUAAAGAAGAGAGGAAGAGGUGGCAGUCAACUCUUGACAAGCAUCUCAGGAAGAAGAUGAACCUGAAACCCAUAAUGAGGAUGAAUGGAAACUUUGCUAGAAAGCUUAUGACCAAAGAGACAGUGGAAGCCAUAUGUGAAUUAAUAAAGUGUGAGGAAAGGCAUGAAGCCCUAAGAGAACUGAUGGACCUUUACCUUAAGAUGAAACCAGUGUGGAGGUCUUCAUGCCCAGCUAAAGAAUGCCCAGAAUUGCUGUGUCAGUAUAGCUUUAACUCACAACGUUUUGCUGAGCUCUUGUCCACAAAGUUCAAGUACAGAUAUGAGGGCAAGAUUACAAAUUAUUUUCACAAAACUCUUGCUCACGUUCCUGAAAUCAUUGAAAGAGAUGGUUCCAUUGGUGCCUGGGCAAGUGAAGGGAAUGAGUCCGGGAAUAAAUUAUUUAGGCGUUUCCGAAAAAUGAAUGCCAGGCAGUCAAAAUGCUAUGAAAUGGAGGAUGUUUUGAAGCAUCACUGGCUAUAUACCUCUAAGUACCUGCAGAAGUUCAUGAAUGCUCAUAAUACAUUGAAAGGACAGGGCUUCACAAUCGAUCCAGGGCAGAGUUUAGAAGACUCCCUAGCAUUGGAAGGCACUUUAGAUAUUACUGAUUCUAUGGAAUUCUAAGCAUAAUGGUCUUUGAAUUGGGCUUGCAAUUAAGUUUUCCUACAUGGGGUGCAUUAAUGCUGUAAACAUCACUUUUACACUGGCCAUUAAAGGGAAUCUGUCCCUGCUCAGAGGAGUUUGGUUAACAUCUAUUCUGGAUGAUAGUUUCCAGAAAAUGGUAAUGCAGAGUAACUGGUUGGUGUCAUUUUCCAGCCAUUUUGUGAGGUAAAAGUGGAAAGAAAGGUGAUCAACUUUGGUCUUGGGUUUAUUGUUUAAUAAAUAGCCAAAGUGAGCCAAAGUUUUUAGACUAUGUGAUAUCUGUGAAAUGAAGUGGAUUCAGAAGUGUUAUGGCAGUUACAAAAAAGUAAGGAUGGCUAUUUUUGCAUUUUACUUACUAUUUAGUACUAGUCUUCCUUUUUUAAUUGAUGGCCUCUUGUUUCUUAUAAGUAAAAAUUAAACAUAGAAUUUUGUAGACAAUCAUUUUGAAGUACAGAGUCAGUAUUUUUAAUAUAACACACUGAUUCAAGCUUCAGAGGUUGACUUCAUCAACAGUUUACAAUAUUAUUUUAUUUAACAUUUAUAUUGUGAUAGGUCCUAGAGACCAAUCAGUUUUAGGGCCCAUUGUGCUAGUUACUGUACAAGCACAGAGAAUCGGGUUGCUAACCCUCCAGGACUGGUCUGGAGUCUUCUGGAAUCCAUCUCCCUAUUGAAAGCAAUUCUGGAGAUUGUAAUAGGAUAUUUUAAGAAAAUGACAUUAUGUCAUAUUGAGGUGGAGGGGAAGCUCCCGGAAUAGUUUUAGACAGAGUUGGCAAGCCUAAUAGAGAACAUGUACUGGGCAUUUAAUAAUUAAUAAUAAUAAUAAUAAUUGUAACCUAGUCAAUUUGUUCUAAAAUGCAAGCUUGUGCAUUACUUUGAAAUCAGACCCUAGAAUGCAAUAUAUUUUUUCUUUGUACCUUGUAUACUUUGAAGCUUUGCUGUAAAUCUUGCUAACAGCUGGAACCAACAAGGAAUUGUGUUCAAUAGGCAAUCUGUACUUCCAAGAUUAGAUCCUAACUGGUGUAUAUCAUCUUAGCUUCAGUGGGUGAAAUCCAAAGAGGACACUGGCACAGCUCAUAAUGACUUCAACAGAGCCAGAAAUUCCCCUAUUGACCUUAAUGGAACUACAGUUAGAUACAGAAGCCAAGCAUCUGGCUUAGAUUUGUUCUUCAUUUCUAUAUAUUGCUAUUAUGCUCUUCUGUAGGGUAUAUUUUACAGACUAAGGGAACCUUUCAUUGUGUUCUAGCCCUGUCUCCAAUAUUGACACUGCUCUCUGGGGCAUGUCAUUUAACUUCUCUGCCUCACUUUCUACAUCUAUAGAAUGCAAAUAGUUUUUACCUAUCUCACAGGCAUGUUGUGAAAACUAUUUAGUUAGCAUGGGUGAACUGAUUUGAAAAUGAAAUUGCUAUUUAAGUGCUAAGCAUUAUUAUUUCAAUAUUUAGACAGCUCAUAUGAGCAGUUUUCAUUUUACUAAGGGCAUUAAAAUGAUAACAUUUUUCUUUUAUACAGAUGUUACUAUAUGCCUUAUCUACAGAAUAGGAAAUAGAUCGUAUGCCACAGCAAACUUGACUCUUACAAGUGAUAAAUAAUCAGCCUUUAAAAGUGACCAUCAGUAAAAUUAUUUUAAAAUAUUGUGAAAUUUUACAACUAAAUUAUUUCUGAACAUACUUGUUUAAUUAAUAGCACAGUUCUGUGACCCUGAUGUGGCAAAGCACCGAAGCACACACUAAAAUGUAAGCAAGGGAAUUGUCAGUAUGACCACUCAGAUGCUUAAUGUUAAACAUGUGCUUAAGUGACUUGCUGACUGGGGUCCAAAUUUGGGAGACCUUUUUAAAUUCAUCAAAUAACUUUUUUCAGCAAAAAGUCACAACAUUCAUUAAAUAAUUUUUUUUAGGAAAUAUAAUUCAGAAAUACCUGUAUGACACGGACUUGUGCUCCUAAAACACAUAUGCACUUUUGAAAAUCCCACAAUGAGUGCUCACUAGCUGAGGCAUUUUGAUAUUUGUAGAAUCAUAAAUGAAACAGGAUUAAAUGCACAUACUUUUUAAAAUAAUUCAAUUUUAUUGUGUUUUGAUACUACAUUUGGCUCAUCAGUAGAUAAGAACAAUUAAACAGUAAAAUAUAGUUUUUAUUCUUUUGUAGUUGUUUUUCGUUGUGAUUAUAUACCAUAAUUUCGUAUUUACCAUUUAUAGAGAAUUUAUAGGGAGAACUAAAUGCUAGUGAUUUAUAUAUAAGUGUUAUUUGGGCUUCAUCUUUUGAUUUUAUUGGAAGCAAUAUCCACUUCUCAUAAAGUUUUAUAAUUUAUAUUUAAUACUUCAUAUAAUAUCCUUAAACAACUUUUAAGCGUUGCAUCAGAACUUACAUGCUUCCAAAUAUUUGUCAGAAGCAUUGCAAAAAAAAGGUGCUUUUAAAAUAUGUUUUAAUGGUGCCUUUGCAGUAUAAUUUUCCAUUUAUACUACAUAAGGAUUUUGAUUAUUUUAAAUAUUUUUCUUCUUAGAUUAAUUUUUUAACUCUUUAGGGACUAUAACAGUUAUUUUCCGUAAUGUAUAAAUGUGAGUUUUACAUAAAGUAGCGUUCUUUCCCAAUAAAUUCAGAAACCAACUCAAAGAAUAUUCCUUCGUUUGGUUGGGAAAUAUUUCAUCAUGCAAAAAAUGUCGUAUCCAUUUUUCUUUGCAUAUUUAUUUUCUGUGAUUGUAAUAUACAGAUUUUAUACUUGAACGAUUUCAUUUCCACGGGGCCCAAACUAGCAACCCUUACUCACUUGUAGUGAAAUUCAUUCCUGUGCUGAAGGUUGGCAUAAGGCAAAUGCAUCAUUUAUGUCAAUGGCUCUCAACCUUUCCAGACUACUAUACCUAUUUCAAGAGGCUGGUUUGUCUUGCAUACCCCCAAGUUUCACUUCACUUAAGAACUACUUGCUUAUAAAAUCAGACAUUAAAAUACAAAUUUGUCACAGCACCCUAUUACUGAAAAAUGACUUAUUUUCUCAAUUGGAAUAUAAAUAAUGUACUUACAUUUCAGGGUAUAAUAUACAGAGGAGUAUAAACCAGUAAUUGUAUGAAAUUUUAGUUUGUCAGAAGCACUUUGCUAGUGCUUUUUAUGUAGGCUGUUGUAAAACCAGGCAAAUACCUAAAUGUGUUGACCCACCCCCUGGAAGACUCCACCUAUGCCAACAGGUACAUGUACUUCUGGUUGAGAAUCAUUGAUUCAAGUGCUUAAAUAAGGGUUUAAAUGAGAUUUAAGUAGUGUACGCUAACCCUCUGCUCAGGAGCGAAUUUCACCUACAAGUUCUCCUUACUCGCAUAUUGUUCCAGCCAAAUCAAUGGGCCAUAUUCUUUUUUUGCACAAAUUAUCUCAGUGAUUUUACUGAAAUUCUCAAAUAAAAAAAGUGACUUCAACAGACUGCUUAGGUAAAAGCAAUUGGAUUUUGACUCAUUGAUUUCAACAGGACUAAUUAAGGAUUACUCGUGUAGGUAAGGAUUAACAAGACUGGGCACAUACUCUGGAGAAGUUCAGUACACUGAACAGUACAUGGACUGGGACUUAGGUGUGCAAUGGAAUUAAAAAUAUUCUUUUGUGAAAUAACAGUAUGGAAAUUACACUAUUAAGCCGGCAAGACGUAUUAUAAGUGCUAGCAACUAUGUAUUGUUUGGCUGGCAUUCAUCUAAAAGGCAAUUGUUAUUUUUUUAACAAACUUGAAUUUUGAUUCAUCUCUUUUUCCGUUGUUGGCACAGUAUUUAAAUCAGGAGACUUUCUGCUUGAGAGUUUGGAACUCAUUAAACCAAACAAUUCAAAUACUAAACACCUGCAAGUGAAGCUUUUGUAAACAGAGACCAGAAAAACAAUACUACAAACACACAGGCAUGAAUCUGCACGCAAGGGAUUCUUGAUUGCUAAAAGUACAUUGUGUUUUCACUUCAUAUUUGAAAAAUGGUCUAUCAUUAAGCUGUUUGAUUUUGAAGAGUCUUUAAAUAAGUGGAGACACUUGUAUUCGUUUUAUGCUUUCAAAAAUCACAUUUUUUUCUACUCUAAUAAUUAAUUUAAAUACCUCAGAUGAUUGUGGGCAAUGGUUUUCCAGUUGUGAAAAUUGUACUAAACUCUUGCUAGGUUUAUACAAUCACAUUCUGUAUCUUCCUUUGUUUAAUGUUUUUGUAAGAACUUAUUAAAGGUGUAUUCAAUUGUUGUACUAUGAAAUGUGUAGCAAGCUAGGGUCCUGAUUCUGGUCUCAUACCAUUUUUUUCAUAAUGAUAGCUCCAUUGACAUUAAUGGAAUCAUUCCUGAUGUAUGUGGAGUAAACAAGUUCAGAACCAGACCCUAGAUAUUUACAAUACCAUAAUAUUUUACUUGAAUAAGAUGUUUUCAGUGCAUUGUAAUACAGCACUUGCCUAAUGUUUUUAUUGCUACUUAUUGUAUUCCAGUUUCUUUAUGUUUAA